GAUUACGCCAAACCUCCGAUACUUUAUUGACAUUUUGCUGUCUUUUCCCAUGCUUUACUCCAUGUCUGAAUUCGCUUUUCGUACUUUUAUGAGCUGUACAUGGCCCACACAGCCAGAUAUGCUCAUCUCAUUCCUGAGUGCUCUUAUUUCUUUUUCAGAAAACAAAACACUAGACAUGUUCCUCUUUAUCUCCGUCCUCCUUAAGCAGCCGUUCUUGCACUCAUUCAGCUUAUUCCAGAAAUUAUUCAACUUUUUUUUUUUUUUUUUUGAGUGACAGUAAGGACUUCUUUUGGCCCGGAGCGACGUCACGCCGGGCGGGAGAUGAGUACAUUUCUUCGUAAAGGCAAAAAUACAUUCUCGCUUGAAGGCUUCGGGGGGAAAGACUUUCAGUGUGUGCAUAGCUGAAGAUGAUGUGUUUGACGCCUACCUGCAGCCGGUCAAUCCGAAGUCACGCGCUGGCUGACUGGCGGAGGGUAACGCUCACAUAAGGAACUGGUGUCAACGGAGCUUGAACAUUUGAAAAGCUCAAAUGGAUAUAUUUUUUCACAUAACGUUUUGGCUGUUUUGCUUUACUUUGCCGUGACUCCUGCCCGAGGUCUGGCUUCGUUCCAUUCCCCCGCGGGCUGUACGGAUCCUCACUGCCAGAUUGAAAUCGCUGUGCUAUUGGAAUUUGGGAGUUUUUAGUUGGGGCGUGCUUGUCACCUUCGGGACAGUUCUUCUGGUCUUUGGUGUUGGUAAGCGUCAAAGCUGACUGUAUGGCAGAAAGAUGUUACCUAGCUAAUUUCGCCACGGAUAUUGCUGUCGAUUCCACCAAGUUGUCGAAGUCAAUAAUGUGACCGAAUACGACUUCAUUGGACACCACGCAAUUUUUUUUUUUUUUUUUUUUUUGGUGUACAAAAUUGCACGAGACGUUCCAUGGAAACUUCUGCAUGACAGCCACAGAACUUAGCGGUAUUCAUCUUGCAAUUAUUUCAUUUUUCUUCAGGAACCCACGCUCAGCAGGAUGAUUCUACUGUCUCGAACUCAGCUUGCCUUGUUUUUUAUCCUCCUGUGCCCAGUGAACAUUAUCGGCUUGUGGUGGGCCGUGGGGAGCCCCUUGGUCAUGGACCCCAACAGCAUCUGCAGGAAGACCAAGCGGCUGGCGGGCAAGCAGGCCGAGCUGUGCCAGAGCCAGCCCGAGAUCGUCACCGAGGUCGCCAAGGGCGCCAAGCUGGGCGUGCGGGAGUGCCAGUACCAGUUCCGCUUCCGCCGCUGGAACUGCACCAGCCAGAACAAGUACUUCGGCAAAAUCCUGCAGCAAGACAUCCGGGAGACGGCGUUCGUGUACGCCAUCACGGCGGCGGGCGUGACGCACGCGGUGACCCAGGCGUGCAGCAUGGGCGAGCUGCUGCAGUGCGGGUGCGAGGCCACCCGCAGCCGGGCCCCGCCCAAACCCACCACGGGCACCGGGACCGAGAGCGUCAAGUGGGAGUGGGGCGGCUGCGGGGACGACGUGGAGUUCGGCUACGAGAAGUCCAAGCAGUUCAUGGACGCCAAGAGGAAAAAGGGGAAGAGCGACAUCAGGACGUUGAUCGACCUCCACAACAACGAAGCCGGAAGACUGGCGGUGAGGAAUUAUAUGAGGACUGAAUGUAAAUGUCACGGGCUGUCUGGUUCCUGCACGCUGAGGACCUGCUGGAAAAAGAUGCCUCACUUUCGCGAGGUGGGCGACCGGCUGCUGGAGAGGUUCAACGGAGCCUUCAAGGUGAUGGGGGGCAACGACGGCAAGACGCUCAUCCCCGUGGGGCAGAACAUCAAGCCGCCGGACCGGCAGGACCUGAUCUACUCGGCCGAGUCGCCCGACUUCUGCCUGCCCAACCGCAAGACGGGCUCGCUGGGCACGCGCGGCCGCGUCUGCAACAGCACCGCCAUGGACGUGAGCGGCUGCGACCUGCUCUGCUGCGAGCGCGGCUACAGGGACGAGACGCUGGUGUUCGAGGAGAACUGCCUCUGCAGGUUCCACUGGUGCUGCGUGGUGCAGUGCAAGAAGUGCUCCGUCAGGAAGGAGCUCAGCCUCUGCUUCUAGAACCCGACGGGAGAGACGGCUGGGGCUCCGCUUCUGGAACUCGACGGGAGAGACGGCUGGGGUUCAGCUUCUAGAACUCAAAAGAAAGAUCUAGCUGGGCUCAGCUUCUAGAAAUCAAUGGAAUAGAUGCCUGGGGCUCAGCUUCUAGAAAUCAAUGGAAGUGAUAGUUGGGGCUCAGCUUAUAGAACUCAAUGGAAGAGAGAGCUGAGGUUCAGCUUCUAGAACUCAAUGGAAGUAAUAGUUGGGGCUCAGCUUCUAGAACUCAAUGGAAGAGAGAGCUGAGGUUCAGCUUCUAGAACUCAGUGGAACAGACAGCUGGGGUUCAGCUUCUAAAACCGAAUGGAAGAGAAAGCUGGACCUCAAAUUCUAGAACUCUCUCGGACAGAGAGGUGUAUCUCUUCUUUUCAAAUAUUUAGAAUACAUAGCUUGGUCUCAGCUUUUAUACUUUUCCCAGUCAGAGAGUUGGGUCUCAGUUUCUAGAACUGUUUAAAAUUGAGACCUGGGCCUCCGCUUCUAGACCUCCACGAGCAAAAGCUGAGACAGAGCCAUUAAUCAGGGAGACAAAGUGCUCUGCAUUCCUUCCUGGUUCCGCUAUAGGCCUUUAAUCACUUUUGAAGCUGUUGAUUAGUCAAGGAGAUAGAACUUCCUUGGCAGACUUUUCAGCGUAAUGUGUAAACAGUUUUGAUAUCUCGGUACCAUAAAGAAUCUUGCCGUUUCGGUCCGUGGAGCUGCACAGAUCGGAAAGCUCACUGCUCCUGGAGCUCUGGAACGGAGUGGCUGCUUUCUAGAGCUGCUGAGCGGGACCCUGUGCCUGGCACUUUGAAAGCCUUCCUGUUAUGGGGUAAAGUAAAUAAGCGCGCCACUGUGCUUUGUUCCCGCAAAACAGGGGUGUUACUUUGUUGACAUGAUCACGGACAUGGUUUAUGGGGUAGAACAUCCUUUUUCAUUGUUGAUCAAGGCAUUCCAGCACACAAAAUGUGAGAGUCAAAAGGGAAAGAGUUCUCUCCUGAGGGGAAAGUGUGCCUUCGCUGUGGCGAUCUUAAACCAACACAGAGGUCCACGGCUUUGAUCGCAGAUGUGUACUGUUUUAUUUAUAGUUUCAUCGCAAAAAAACUACUUAUAUAGUAGUGAUAACAUGACGAAUGUCCCUGCAAUCUUUCUCAAAAGCACUUUGACUAGGGCUCUGUAAACAAUGAAAAUCUUUGUAGUAACAUGUACACACUAGUUUUUUUGGGUUUUUUUUCUUUACAGUAAAACAUCAUUUUGUGAAUGGAAAUAAGGAUUUAAAAACCAUAUCUGAAUACGUGUUUCUGUUUGAGUUAUCAAAACAAUAUCAUAGUCCUUUUAGUUUUCAGUCAUUUCAUAUAUGGGACCCUUCUUAUGCACUUUUGAUGAAACAUUUUGUUUUUCCGUAUAUAUAUUCUUUUUUUAUGCUGAAUGGUUGCUCUCUUCUAAUAACACUGCCUUAUGCUGAAGCUACGGGGUCAUUGGAGUUGUCUAUUUAAACAGUCAGUUCACUGAAGCCAUAAUAUUGGGCAUGUUGCCAUUAUUUUCUUAGCUGGAUAACACCCACUUUCCCCUAUCCAUUUUUGAGUGUUCUAAUACUUCCACAUGAGUGCAUACUUGAAAGAUCUUUUUUCAGUUGUUUGUGAAAAAAACAAAGGCCUUCAUCUUCCCUGUCAUGAGUUAAGCUGAUAGAUCCAGUGUAAACCCUGUGAAAUAUUCAUUUUCCCUUUUCAGAUAAAAAUGUGAAAUGUAACAGAAGCCCAUGGCGUGUAUCCAUAUAUACACACGGUACGAAAAUAAGAUAUCACCUGAGUAGAGGCUGCCUUGACCAGCAGGUAUCCACUGUACAAUUAGAAAUGGGUAAAGAACAAUGCUGGAAAUUAUAGGAAACUGUGACAUAAAUAGAAUUUACUGCCAUUUCAGAAGGCUUCAAAAUGAAAGGGUUCCUUGCUGGAGGGAAUAUACAAGCAACAAUAUCUGCUCAAAUUAUAACCUAGCAGGCUGUUCUUCUAACAUCAAUUACAGGCUACUAAAAUUACAAUUUCAUCACCUGAAUACCGCCUUUUAUAUAAAUAAUAGGACAUUUUUCAAUAAAACCAUCUUUAAAGAAAGUACAGGGUUUCCAGCCUGUCAGUUGUAAUAUAUACCAUGUUGCAUUUGCCACCUUAGUGGUAAUGUCAAAAACUACAGUAUAUACAAUAUAAUCUUACAUCCUGUAUCAUCUCCAACUGGUGGAUAUGAAUACUGACAGAGCUAUAUUUCUCAAGGCUGUGCAAACAUUGAACAGGUUACAAUUUGAUCCUGUAUCUGAACACUAUACUGUAUACAACAAGGCAGUGAAUUACAUUUGCAGAUACUCGUUUAACGUAAUUGGAAUGAUUUCAUGCUUUUCUUUUUUUUAAAUUGGAAGCAGGACAUUGAAAUGCCUUGAAACAGCGGUCAUUUUGUUUGGAUUUGUACAUGCUGUGCAAUUUGAGGAUACAUUUGAACACUUUUGCAAAGCUGCAGAGCCGAGAUCGCAUAAGCACAGAAUAUGGAUAAAAAUGCUCAGUGAAAAACUGUGAUAUUUAAUAUAAAUGUUCUAUUAUUUUAUAAUAAUCAUAGGCUGUAUGCUCUUUCAGUGCCCCACUAUAUUGUAGAAAUGGAAAUAAAACUGACAGUCUGAGUUUUUCAGAUUAACAUAAAACUUCAAAUAAAAACAAUGUUAAAUGUGUCUGGUUUUAGUACUGUAUAUAAUUGGAUAUUUGGAACUGUCUGAAGGUUGCCUGUGCAUAGGUAUAUUCCAAUAUUCUUUCUGUCACCUACAUCAGUGAGAAUUCUUAUAUAUCUGAAUAUUUUUGUAUUGUGAUUCUUAUUUU